CGAGAGGAAAAUGAUAUAAAUAGAAUUAAAUAGAUUAUGGCGUGCGAAACACCAUAUAUCUGAUUUCAAAUAAAUAUGAUCUCUUUCCCAUUUUGUUCACAUAUCAGCCCUAAUCCUCUCUCCUCUCUUCCUCAUCGGCGGUAGCAAUUCCGGCAUAUCCUUGUUCUCUUCUUCUCUAUAUUCUUUAGCGCUCUAGUAGCCCCCAAUAUUUUCUCUUCCUCUGUUUCCUUUCCCAGAUUUGAAUGUAAUUUUCCGCUAGACUUGGAGGUUGAUCAAAGCGCGAUUUAGCAGAUUUUGCCGGAGUUUGCAGGACAGCCGAUCACCGCCGGAAAAAUUUGGCGUAACUAGAAAAUUAUUCGUUUUUCUCUUCCUUUAAGGAUCUUUGUUUUUACAAAAACAACGCGCAAAAUACCUCAUUGAUGGCGAUAUCGUUCUGGACAUCCAAUUGGGUGUCUUAAUUUCGCAGUAUCAUCCUUCAGUACUCUCAAGUGUAGUGCGUAUGGAUUUUGAUUGGAACUCUUGUGAAGUCAAUUGAUGAAGAGAUGACUCGUAUUGAUUGGGUAUAAUUGGGGGAAUAUAGUGGUGUGUCGGUGUUUUUCCUCGUUAUAUUUUUGGGGUUCAUCAUUUUUAUUUGGGUGAGAGUAAGUGAGUAACCAUGCUGAACAAAUUUAUGAAAAGAGGGAAUCGAAAGCCCUCAAAAUCGGAAGUAAUUGAGCCCCCAAUGCCCAUUUCCUCAUCUUCUAAUGUAACUGUAAAUCAUGCAUCACGCCUAGCUGCUCCUUCACCAUCUCCCGUUACUAUUGCCGUGGUUCCACAGAAUCCUGGUAUAGUUGAGGUCCUGCCAAUGCUGAAGGAUGUCCCUUUAUCUGAGCGGCAUAAUUUAUUCAUCCGCAAAAUCCAAAUAUGCUGUUUCCUCUUUGAUUUUUCUGACCCGAUGAAGUGCGUGCGAGAGAGGGAAAUCAAGAGGCAAACCCUUGCCGAGAUUGUUGAUUUGGUGCAGUCAGGUUCCUGCAGAAUGAACGACAUAAUGCAGGAGGAGUUGGUCAAGAUGAUAUCUAUGAACAUUUUCAGGUGCUUGCCACCUGCACCGCAUGAGAAUACUGGAUCAGAGGGCGGAGAUCCUGAGGAGGACGAUAUGUUCAUGGAUCCUUCUUGGCCCCACCUGCAACUUGUGUAUGAGUUGCUUUUGAAAUACGUGGUGUCAUCCGAGACGGACACCAAGAUCGCAAAAAAGUACCUUGAUCACUCUUUUGUGCUGAAAUUGCUUGAUUUGUUUGACUCGGAGGACAUGAGGGAACGGGAAUAUGUGAAAACAAUUCUUCACAGAAUAUACGGAAGAUUCAUGGUACAUCGACCCUUUAUAAGGAAUGCAAUAAACAACAUCUUUUAUCGAUUUAUAUUUGAGACCGAGCGGUACAAUGGGAUCGGCGAGUUAUUGGAGAUUCUUGGAAGUAUAAUAAAUGGAUUCGCAUUGCCGAUGAAAGAAGAGCACAAGUUGUUUCUUGUGAGGGCAUUAAUUCCUUUGCACAAACCUAAAUGUAUUAUGUCAUACCAUCAGCAGCUUUCCUACUGUAUAACGCAGUUUGUUGAAAAAGAUUAUAGGUUGGCUGAUAUUGUCAUUAGGGGGUUGCUGAAAUAUUGGCCUGUAACAAACUGCGGGAAGGAGGUUCUUUUCCUUGGAGAAUUGGAAGAGGUUCUUGAGGUUACACAAUCUGCAGAGUUUAGACGCUGCAUAGUUCCUCUGUUUAGGCAAAUUGGGCGUUGCAUCAACAGCUCACAUUUCCAGGUGGCUGAACGGGCUCUUUUCUUGUGGAACAACGAGAACAUAGUGAGCUUGAUUGCAGAGAAUCGUAAUGUUGUUUUACCAAUCAUAUAUGAUGCCUUGGACAAGAAUAUUCGAGGUCACUGGAAUCAGGCGAUUGUAGGAUUGAGCUCCAACGUUAGAAGAAUGUUCCUGGAGAUGGACACCGAGCUUUUUGAAGAGUGUCAGAGGGAACAUGAGGAGAAGGUGGCUAAAGCCAGGGAAAGGAAACAACAAAAAUGCGAUACUGGUGGUGGCCAUGUGGUGAGUGUAAAAUGCAUGAAGAAGUGCUAUUUUUAUAUCAGUGCUAAAGGACUGGCUGAUUUAAGAAAGGCAAAAGAAAAGGAAGAAAAGGAUCUGUAUUUGUGCUUGAAAUCUGAGGUUAUUUUCUGA